AUGGAGGAGUUGAAGGUGCACCUCAGCGACAGCGACGGAACGCCGAUCCUCGUCCAGGCCCUGUGGGACGCCGCGGUCCGCCAGCUGACUCCUCCUCCUCCUCCUCCUCCCUCGGUGCCCCCCCGGACAUCGCCUCGUGCCAGGGUCUCCCCCGUGCUGGUCGUGACGGGACACAGCCCCGCGGCUCGUCACCGCAACCCACUGGAGUGGACCGUCGUCGGACAGGAGGGCAAGAUUCGAGCAUCUCCGGUGCAAGAGUCUGUCCUCCCGUCCAACCCCGUCUGGUUCAGCGGCGACAUCCUGGAGGCCAUGGAGAGGGUUUCGCCAUCCUCGGACAGCGACGUCACUUCACUUCUGCCAGCUGGCCAGACUUCCCGUGUGAGGCGUUCGCCGAAAGGUGUUGCCACAAGGCGUAGAGGAGGAAAGCGGCAGGUUGUGGCAACACCUUCACCUGCCCGUGUGACCGUGCCUGCCUCCGGCCCCAGACCAGCGGUGCAGCAGGUGGAGUCGUCCAGCGUGGUGCCAGGGGUGGUCGUCGUCCGGGAGGAGCUCGCCGCAGCGUGCCCGGCCGUCCCGGAGGUGCCGGCGAGACCUUCACCAGCCCGUGGGACCGUGUCCGCCUCCGGGCCCAGACCAGCGGUGCAGCAGGUGGAGGCGACAGCCCAGGAGUCGGCCAGCGAGGUGCCGGGGGUGGUCGCCGGUCAGGAGGAGGUCGCCGCAGCGGGCCCUGCUGUCCCAGAGGAGCGACAGAAGAUCGACAAAGCUAAGGCUGUUUUUGUUCCUUCUGUUUGUGUUAGUGAUGUUCAGUCAGAGUCUAGCGCUAAUGCUGUGGCAACAGGGUCUAACAUAGAUAGCAGCAGGAUUAGGCUAGCUAAAGUUGUGCGCGGGUCGUUUCAUCAGGGAAAUGCCCGAUUUGUGUAUGGAGGAGUGCAGUGUAUGGCUAUAGCUUUGGUCAGCUUAGCCAAACACACGGUGAGGAGCGCGUUCUCGUGGGACAGGCUGGAUCUGGAUCGCGCGUUGGUUGAAGGUGAUGAGUUGUACACGAGUUUGCGUGACCUCAACAUCUUCAGCCAUGUGUCUAAUCUGCUGUCUGUGCCAGAUUUGCCACAGCAGCUGGAAUUAGACGGAGAGCUGUUUAGGUUUAGUUUUGGUGACACGGUGUUAGGCGAAGUAGGCGUGACCGAAGGUGAAUACAUCGAUUUCGGUGUAUUCAUCAGCUUGCGUAAUGGACUGGAGAGAAUCUUCAGUCAAUACACCACAUGUCUUUUGACAAUGUGCGGAAACACCACUGCCAUCGUGCGUGAGGGUGGACGGUUCGCUGUGGUCGACAGUCACUCACGCAGUAGCACUGGCUUGUUACACCACAACGGUACAAGCGUGGUUCUGCAUUUCACGUGUCUGGACGACCUGCACCACUACAUCUGUCGUUUGGCCGACAGUCUCCGUUCGAGGGAGAAGCUCUUUGAGCUGUGUGGUGUCACGGUCAGCACAGGUGCAAGUCCAGCGCGGUCUGGUGUGUCUGUGGAGAGUCUCGUCACUGGGAUGAGCGCUGCUCCAGCACCAGAGUCUAGUGUGCUCACUGAGGCUGGGAGAAAAAGUGAGGUGUCUGCAGGCGUUUGUGUGCCUGAGUGUGGUGUCAGCAUUGCCGCAAGUCCGGCACUGUCUGGCAUUUCUGUUUUUAGUUUCUCCAGCGAGGUGAGCAGCGGUUCAGCGGCAGAACCAACGGUGACCGAUGGCAGAAAGCGUGUCAUUUCUUCCGGCACUUGUAUGUCGAAGAAAUCCAAGAGUUUCGAUGUCCGAGAGGUCAAUUCGGACAUCGAAUUUGUUAGCGAGGUGAGAAGCGAAGAACUGGUCUUCCAUCCCCUCGGCUUAGAUGUUUGUCGUGCUUUAUGCACAAAGUUAAACGUCGAUUGCGUGAAGGUUAGUCCGGUAGCCACAGAGGAGGGGUUGUUGGGUGUUCCUUGUAGCAAAGAGAGGAUUGUGACCGAUGGGAACUGCUUCUUCAGAGCCAUCUCUCAGGCUGUGAGUGGUUCUCAGAAGCACCAUCGUAGGAUUAGGUUAGCUGUGUGUAAAGAGUUAGAAAGGAACACGGCUAGAUAUCAGAGUCUCUUGAGGACUGAGUACUCCUCUGUGUUAGAGUACAUUGAGCAGUCCAGGAUGAGGCGUGUCGGCAGUUGGGCCACAGAGGUGGAAAUUCAGGCAACAGCCGAUUGGUUAGGCGUUAGUGUGUUUACGUUCCAUGAUGGACGUUGGUUGAGGUAUAGUUGUAGCAGUCAGCCUUUGUCGGUAGAGUGUAUUUACUUAGAGAAUAUCAUGGGGCGGCAUUUUGAGAAUGUAGUUUGUGUGUGUAAGCCUGGACUGCAUAGUUGUUACGGGUACUGUAAAGUUAGGGAAGUGGCAGAUUAUAGCAUUAGGUCUAGAAUGAUGGAUGUUGUAGUUAGUGACAACACAGCGGUUAGGUGUAGUGAUGUAGUUGGUUCUGUUGUAGGUGUAGAGAAUUGUGCCAAGGUUAUGGAGGGUGCUAGGGAGUUAGUGUCAGGUAGAAAGUCUCUGUCCAAGUAUCUGAGGAGGAAAAAAAGGACACAGGAAAAGUUGGAUAUUUCGCUUAGGGAGAAACGUCAGAUUAGAAUUAGGAAGAUCUAUCAAGAAAGUGUAGUGUUCAAGGGGAAGGCAAAGUUGUGGAGUGUAGGGAAUUAUUGUAAGAAUUUGGCCCACAGAGAGAGGGUUAAAGAGUUGAGUGUUAGUAAAUACAGGGAAAGUGUAGAGCACAGGGAAAGUGUUAAGGCCAGGAGUGUGGGCAAAUAUAGGGACAGCAUUGAACAUAGGGAGAGCGUUAAGGCCAGGAGUGUGGGUAAAUACAGGGACAGCAUUGAGCAUAGGGAGAGUGUUAAGGCGAAGGUAUUGGGCAAAUACAGGGACAGCAUUCAGUACAGGGAGAGUGUUAAAGCCAGGAGUUUUGUCAAAUACAGGGACAGCGUAGAGCACAGGGAGAGAAAGAAAGCCAAGAAGGUGGUCAGAUAUAGGGACAGCAUAGAACACAGGGAGAGAGUUAAGGCCAAGAGUUUGGGCAAAUAUAGGGACAGCGUUGAGUACAGGGCGAAACAUAUUGAGAGAGGUAAGAGAAAGUAUCGCGAUAGUUUAGAGUAUAAGCAGAAAGUUACUUCAGGGGUGAUGUUAAGCAGAAAGCAGAAGGUAGAGAAGUCGAAAGAUUUUGGUUUUGUUAGGGAGCAGUUUUUAGGAAAGGUCAGAGAUGGACCUGAUUUUGUGUGCUGUGUGUGUCAUAGGUUGUUGUUUAGAUAUCAGGUGGUUAGCUGUGAUAGGGAAACUUAUAGGCAAAGUUCAGCGACAGCGGCUGUGGCAGAUAGGUGUAUAGGCCAGCAGUAUUUGCAUAGGUGUAGUGGUGAGUGUGUUGCGCCGUGUUUGUUGGUUUCAUCGCGCGGUAAUUUGUGGAUUUGUUACACGUGUGAUAGAAAGCUUAGUUCAGGUGAGAUGCCAGCUGAAUGCUGGGUUAAUAACUUGGAGCUUGAUCCCAUUCCUGCUGAACUGGGAUCUUUGAAUAGUUUAGAACAGCAUCUUAUUGCGUUACACAUUCCAUUCAUGAAAAUGUUGGCACUGCCUAAAGGUGGGCAGAAUGGAGUACAUGGACCAGUGACAUGUGUUCCAGCCAACAUUGUUCAGACUGUGAAUGUGUUGCCUCGUUCCAGCAUGGAAGGGUCUCUGCUUCAGGUUAAGCUGAAGCGGAAACUCACAUAUAAAGGGCAUUACGAGUACCAGUUUGUCGAUACGUUGCGUGUAAGACAGGCGCUAGAGUAUUUAAAGAGGACAAAUAUUCAUUAUAGAGACAUUGAGUUUAAUGAGGAUUGGGUAAACGAGUUUGUUAGGGAGGAAGAUAGGGAGAGGGAAGAGGCCGAGUCAGGCAGUGAGGAUGAGGCUGAAGUUAGCAUCGUGGAGCUGAAAAAGAUAGUUAGACAGAAGGAUAGUGUUUUUGCUGAGAUGCUUAAUAGGUUAAGAGUGCGUUCCAGGGCCACCCCAAUGUUAGAUAGCGACAUUGAAAUGUUGAAGAUGCGCGAGACCGGCGAGGGGAACUUCCUGGUUGAAGAUGCUACUGUGGUGCAGCGUCCCAAACUUCCCUACCUCCCAAGUGAUGAUGAUGUCGCCUUGUAG